AUGUUGUCUGGACCGUCGACUAGCCGCGCACCUAGCCUCGCGCCCAGCCUGGAUCCAUCUGACUAUCCGCCGUGGUCCUACACCAACAGCGAAGACGACGAAGGAUGGAUCAACUCCACGAUCCCUCCAGGACGGUAUAUCAAUAUCAGUGCGAUCCGCCUUGUAUCACGUCCUAUCACACUUCGAAGUGAGAUCGAUAUCCAUUUGGGCCCACGACGACCUGCACCUGGCACAGUAACUUUAUCUGGUGUUGAACCGACCAUGUACCAGCACGAUCCCGAUACAUACUUAGAGGACGAGAACGAGGAGAACCAUUCCGACGCGGCCACGGUGACUCCCGGUGGGUAUCGAGAGGACGACUGGCAGCACCAGAGUACAAUCUCCCAUAGCGUAAGUACAGUGAAUCCUGCCGCGUUAAGAGGCGACAGGACCCAAAUCCCCGGUGGAAACUCAACGCGUCAACGCGGCGGGCGACCACGUUCCCUGUGGAGAUCCCACAGGGGACGUAGACGCCAGGCGAAGACACUGGCGCACGGCCCACAGUACGGUCACAACCUCGUCCCGGCCACGGAAGGCCACUCGCGGGAAGGCGCGAAAUCGCAAUGGCUCAGUCGACAGAGGAGGAAAGUAGCGAGGAGGCGAAAGGCUGCGACUCCCCGCUUUAUCAAGCUGGGCCUCCACACCAUCGAUAUGGGCACGCGGUCCCGUUUUGUCGAGCUGGGCGAACACACCAUCGAUAUGAGCCCGCGUCCCAAGUGGGCAGCGUACGUAUCGAUACUCACAUGA